UGUCAGUCGGGUGAGCGUGUUGGUGUGGCAGCCGUACAGCGCCCCCGGCAGCACGCACCUGCUGAGGGUAGCCACCUGGACGCCGCACGGGAGGCUCACUCUCGUCCCCCACGCGUCGCUCUUCCCCGACAAAUUUUCUGUGUAGUAAAACUCUGAUUCCUUAUUCACGCUUGAGUCCUGAGGGCUUGAUAUGACUGUCCAUUUAAUUCCUCACCACUAAGCAAACACAUUCGUUAUCCUGAGAGCGUUGUGCUCCCCGCUGCAGGUUCACGUCCCCGCCGACCCUCACCGUGGCGGUGGAGUUCCUGCCCUACCACACAAUGACGUGGGUGGAAGACCCGCACGAACCUGGCGGACGCCGCCUCCUCCUCACGGGAUUUGUAGAUGAAAUCGUAAAGUAUCUUGCCAGGGCGAUGAACUUCAGGCACAGGUACGUGGUGUCCCCAGACGGAACCUUCGGCACCAGGCUGCCUGACGGCUCCUGGACGGGACUGAUGGGCAUGGUGGUGAGGGAGGAAGCAGACUUCGCUCCAGGGCCGUUCAUAAUGAACCCUCAGCGAUACGAGGCAGCGCAGGCCGCGGCGCCUUAUUCUGGCUCAAACAUCCGAAUACUUGGCGGCCUGGCGGGACUUGAGGUAGACCCGUGGGGCUUCCUGCUGCCCCUCACGCCCCUGGUGUGGGCGGUCACUCUGGUAGUGCUGGUGUGGGUGCAUCUCGUCUUGCAAGUACUUUCAUCCUGUCUGCCCAGAAGGUCGCUUUGUCGCGGAGGCUGGCUUAUCGACACCUUCGGCCCCGUGCGCGUCUUCCUGCAGCAAGAUGUGGUGUGGCCCGCGGAGUGGUGGUGGUGGGAGCGUCUGGUGUUGGGGUUGUGGAUGCUGACGACGCUGGUGCUGACGAGGAGCUACGCUGGCAACCUCAUGUCCCUGUUGGCCGUGAGAUACGUGCCGCAGCCCUUCCAGACUAUUCAGGAUGUCCUGGACCACCCGAGCGUCGCCAUAAUAGGCCAAAAACACUCAAGCUACGAGCAGACGCUUAUGGAAGUGAAGUCUGGUGUCCUGCGGAGAGUGGCUGAUCUGCAGCAGGAGGGUCGCCUGGAGUUCCACACGCAGAAGCAGCUGCCGCUGAGCAUCGAUACCUUUGUGAAGAAAGGGACGCACGUCCACGUUGGCCUCGACAUCAACCUGAGAAGCCACAUUGCUUUGGACUUCUCUAAGAAUGGUCGGUGCGGGUUUUACAUAUCGAGGGAUGGGAUGCUGCCACUCUCGGCCUCCAUGAUGACGCAGAAGACCAACCCUCUCGUGCACGGCUUCGAUCAGAGCUUCAGUAUGUCAGUCUCUUAUAAUUUUGAAAACCAGUGUGACUCAGCGUGA